AUGGACUCGAUCAAGCUGCACAACUCCCUCAAGCCGGGCGCAACCGUCCCCUUCGAGCCCAUCGAGCCAGGCAAGAUCAAGUGGUAUGCUUGCGGUCCAACUGUCUACGACCAGUCCCACUUGGGCCACGCCAGGAACUAUGUCUCCACCGACAUCAUUCGCCGCAUUCUCAGGGACUACUUUGGCUUCGACGUCAAGUUUGUAAUGAACAUCACCGACAUCGACGACAAGAUCAUCAUCAGGGCUAGAAGGCAGCGUCUGCUGGAGCUGGAGAGGAAGAAGGCGCUUUCCGAAGAACAGGUCAAAGGACUAGGGAAAGCCGCUUUCCAGGCCUACGCCAAGAGCAACCUCCCGCUCCUCGCCGGUUCCGACGGGCCGGAGUUGGACCUCAGCAACUACAUUCAGAGACGGGAUGCCGCCUACGGAAAUGUCCUGGCCGGAGGCACGCUCACUGGGGAGGGCAAACCUGGCGAUGACGAGGCCAAGUUGAAGAUGCACAUUAGCAACAUGACGCAGGCAGUCAUUGGCAUGAGUGCCAACAGCGUCUUUGGCCCCGCCGACGAAAUCCUCUUGCCAUACUUGGACUCUUUGCACAAGGAUACCAUUGACACGAGCGACCAGACCAUGUUCACAGAUCUUACACAAUAUAUGGAGAAGGAAUUUACCGAUGACAUGGACAACUUGAACGUCCUGAGACCCGAUGUCAUCACAAGAGUCACCGAGUAUGUGCCGCAAAUUGCCGACUUCGUAGAUCGACUGGUCCAGAAGGGUUUCGCGUAUGAGGCUGAAGGAAGUGUGUAUUUCGACAUCUCGGCAUUUGAAAAGGCAGGCAACCCUUAUGCCCGACUCAGACCAGAGAGCAGGAACGACAAGGCCCUGCAAGAAGACGGUGAGGGCUCACUGUCGAAGAACCUCGGCGGCAAGAAGGGUUCUGGCGAUUUUGCUCUGUGGAAGAGGAGCAAGGCUGGCGAACCAUACUGGCCGAGCCCGUGGGGCAACGGCAGACCAGGCUGGCAUAUUGAGUGCUCAGUCAUGGCUUCAGAUGUUUUGGGCGCUCAAAUGGAUAUCCAUUCGGGUGGUGUCGAUCUUGCGUUCCCACAUCACGACAACGAACUUGCUCAGAGUGAGGCCUACUAUUGCCAGGGAGGUCAUGAACAUCAUUGGGUGAAUAACUUUUUGCACAUGGGCCAUCUGUCUAUCAGCGGCUCUAAGAUGUCGAAAUCGUUGAAGAACUUUCAAACUAUCAAAGAGGCAUUGAAAUCGACAUACACAGCCCGAAACAUGAGGAUUGUCUUCCUCAUGGGCCGCUGGAACGAUGGAGUGGAAAUCUCGCCUGAUAUGAGAACUGCUGCCGACAAUUGGGAAAGCACAGUAAACAACUUUUUUGUCAACACCAAGGCGCUGAUCUACGAGGCCAAAGGAUCGGCCUCGGAAAUUAGCUCGCAAAUGAAGAAUGUCGCUAUUACCGAUGCACUGGCAGAAGGCAUAGCUGCUGACCUGAAGCAAGCCGAAAAAGAGACAGAGAAGGCCCUCACUAACUCUUUUGAUACCCCUGCUGUCAUGCGCGCUAUUGGCGAAGUCAUCCGAAAGUCAAAUAUCCACAUUAGCGAACAAAAGUCUGACUUGGAUUUGAAAUCACUCGAAGCUAUCGCAAGAUGGGUCACCAAGAUAAUAGGCAUACUCGGUCUUGAUGCUAAUGCUAAGGCCCCCUAUGACGGGCUUGGCUGGGUAUCAGCUGCUGCUGCUGCCAACCAAGAGCCCACAGCGGCAGUCGCUCCUUAUAAAGCUGUCUACGAGGCUGUGGCACAAGAUGUCCAAUCACUCAACCUACCAUCUUCAGACACGAUUACAAACCUUCUUUCGCAAAAACCUGAUUCAGAAUUUGACUCUCUAGUCAGCUCCGGUAACAGGGACCCCGAGCAACUCGGCUACCCCUAUCUACGUGGCGUCUCAAGGCUGCGUGACGAGCUGCGUCGCAUUGCACCAAGUGCAGCACCGGAAACCAAGAAGGCCAUCCUUGCUCUCAGUGACCGCGUCCGGGAUUUCGAUCUUACUAACGUAGGUGUCUACUUGGAUGAUCGUCCGGACGAGCCCUCUCUGGUUAAGUUUAUCCCUACAUCUGAACUGAUUGCGGCACGCCAAGAGAAGGAAGCCCAAGCAGCCGCAAAGGCAAAGCAAAAGGAGGAUGCACGACUAGCACGCGAAAAGGCAGACGCAGAAAAAUGGGAGAAGGCUAAGGUGAAGCCGGAGGAUAUGUACAAGACUGGCGAAGCGGCAGAGAAGUACAGCGAGUGGGAUGAUGAAGGCAUGCCUACCAAGUUGAAGGACGGCAGUGAGGUUCCCAAGAGCCAAUUGAAGAAGCUCAAGAAGGACCAGGACCGACAAAAGAAGGCGUAUGGCGAAUGGCUUACCAAAUUCGGGGGUGCUAAGGCGUAG